UUCUUCGACGCGUUUCUGGGGAAACAUCGUGGCACAUUUUGCCAUCUUGCCUAAUCCUGACUUCUCUCCAGGACAGCACUAUCCCCAGAUUUCGGACUUGUCUCCUCUCGAGUGCGUUUCCUUCUCUCCCAAUACGAUAACAUGUCCGAAAUUCAGCAGACUAGCGUUUCUGCCAUGGGAUUUUCUUCAAGUCUCUCUCGCGUCCUUGACGUCUCAUAAGAACACCGUACUGCUCUCCGUCCUUAACUCUGGUGACUGAAAUUUCUUUCCACGUAAGCAGGCGUGGGAGCCUCCUGUUCGACGAGAUUUCUUAGAGUGUAUCCACCGCUUAGUCAGUCCAGACUCCGGCACACCCUGUUAGGGUUUCAUGGCGGUUGAAGUGCGCUCGCUGAUCGCGUCAAGCCGGCCCCUAGAGCCGUCGUUUCCAGAGUUGGUGCGAGAGAGGCAUACCGUGACUUACUGCGCCUGAAUGGGCCUCGACCCCCGGGCAGAAAAUUUCAAGCCGCCUCCUCAGCAGCAGCAGCAGCAGCAAGAGGAGGAGCAGGAGAAUCAAAGAGUGCUGCAGCGGCAGCGGGUAGUGAGCAGAGUGCUGUCAGAUUGUAGUCCGGGCGGACAAGGCGCGGAUGCGCAUGCGCUAUGUCCCCGGGGCAUGGCGCGCGGGGUAGCAGCGAUUUCCGCGGAGCAAGCGGAGCCUUCAACGCCGCCCCCUGCGGGGAUUGUGGCGCAAGAUUGCGCUGGGACGGCGCAGAAGCGCCAUCGCAAGAUGACUCCGAAAGGGCUGGAGCUGGAGCGCGCGCUGAUGGUGCGGAAGAGGGCGCGGGCUGCCGCUAAAAGGCGCGCGGAACAACCGAGCGGGAAAAGCGAGGCGUGGCAGGAAGCAGCGGGUGAGCGGGGAGACGGAGCGGAGUGGGGAUGUGGGGGGAGCGGUGUAGAAGGAAGGCGAGCAGGGGUGAGGGUGUGGAGUGCGGAGCGAGCAGGAGGACCUGUGGCGUGUGCGGGAGAGGAGGUGAGGGGGAUGAAUGGGCGUCUGGUGGUGAAGGACUGUAUGGGAAGCCGAGAUAGCGGACGAGAUAGGGACCAAGAUUGGGACUUGGGCGGAGAGAACACGGGAGUGAAGGUCGGAAGCAAGAUUCGGGGGAGUGCUGACGGCAGUUUGCGGCAAGGAGAGGCGGAUGGGGAGGUUGGUGCGCGGGGUGGCGGUAAGGGGGGAAGGCGGGACGGCGUGGGUGGCGGGAGACGGUACCGAGAAGCGGAGGAGGAGGAGGGAGAGAAGGAAGAGGGGGGAGAGAAGGAAGAGGGGGGAGAGAAGGAAGAGGAGGAAGAUAAGGAAGAGGAGGAAGAUAAGGAAGAGGAGGAAGAGAAGGAGGAGGAGGAAGUGGAGGAGGAAGUAGAAGUGGAGGUGAGUUCAGAGGACCAGUUGGCAGGGGGAGACGAUGCGUGUGUGUCUGAUGACCUGGGCGGCGGUAUCUGCGACAUACAAGCGAGGACAGUCGAGGUUCUGACGAUGCCGCGCCAAGGGGGAGUUGAGGGGAGAGGCGGAGCAGGGACGGGGGAGGAGGAGAGGAGAGCGAGGAGAGAGGAGGAUAGUGUGCGCGCGGGCGGACGGUCAGGGGUGGGGGCGGCGGAGGGGAGGAGUAGGCCGGUUAUGCAACCGGGUAGAGGGUUGCAGAGGGGCAAAAGCGCGCCGAGGGAGCUAGGGAAUGGAAGGAACGGAUGUGUGGCGUUCGGGUGUGAGCCUGAGAAGGAUGCGGGUAUGGGAGGCGAGGAGUAUGGGCGUGCAGUCGAUGUUCCGGUAGGACUUUGCCUCAACGGCCCCUUUCACCUCUCAGGCUACUCCUCUAGUGCUGGUGCUGGUGCUGGUGCUGGUGCUGGUGCUGGUGAUGGUUGUGAUGGUGAUGGUGGUGGCUUGGCUAAGCUUGGUCGGGUUUCUGUAGGUUCAGCAGGUUUCGAAGCGGUGAAGGAGGUUGUGGUGGUAGUGGCGGGUGAGGAGUGUGGCGGGUGUGAAGCUCGGGAAGCGAUGCUGCGAGGCGGAGCCACUCAUGCCGCCGCUGCUGCUGCUGUCCAGACAACAGCAGCAGGAAACCUCGAACAGACAGCAGCAGCAGCAGCAGCAGCAGCAGCAGCAGGAGCAGUAGCUUCGGCGGCAGGAGACCUCGAACGGGAAAUGGAAUUAGCUGGAGGGUUGAGUAAAAGGAUGCGAGAGGGCAACGGAGAACUGUGGGGGGCAGGCAGGCGGGCAGGGGGAGCAGGGGGGACAGGGGGAACAGGGGGCGCAGGGGGAGCAGGGGGAGCAGGGGGAGCAGGGGGAGCAGGGGGUGCAUGGCCGUGUGAGGCGAGGAGGGGCAGGCUGCCAAGGGGCCACGGCGGGUGGACCGCUGCUGCUGUGCGGUCCAUGGGCGUUGGGGGGCAUGGGGGGCAUGGGGCACGUGGGACACAUGGGAGUGAGGAGAAUGAUAAGAGAGACGGGAGAGAUGGGGGAGAAAGGGCGGGUUAUAUGGGGCGGGUGGAUGGUGAAGUCAGAUUGAAGGAAGGAAGUGGGAGUGAGGAGAAUGGCAGAAGCAGAGGCAGAAGCGUCAGUAGUAGCAGAAGUAGCAGUAGCAGUAGCAGCAGGAUAAAGAGCAGCAGGAGAGUAAGGGGCGGUUCUGAUGCUGGUGGUGCUGGCGGUGCUGGUGGGGGGGGUGGUGGGGGGGGGGAAGGACGGGGGCACAGGGAGCUUGCGCAUCGUUCCAACUGCAGGCUCCUGCACAAAGCUAGCCGCAGCACCAAUUGCAGGACCGCCGCUGCCAAAGAUGACUCUCUUAUGCACGAUGAUAGUGGUGGCGGUGGUGGUGGUGGUGGUGACGAUGAUGAUGAUGACGAUGGGGAUUCUUUCCACUUCAGCUCUAGAAAUCGCAGCGACAGCAGCGAUACCAACGAUAGCAGCGAUAGCAGCGAUAGUGAGGCGUUUGCAUCGAGUGAUAAUACUCGUGUGGAGCUCAACAGCAGUGCCAGAACCAGCAGUGGUGGCAGCAGCAGCAACCAAAGCAUACGCAGUGAUGGUGGCGUUGUGGGCUGUAUGGCAGAGGAAGCUAGACUCAGGGUCAGUGCAGGCAGGCAAACUAGUGGCAGCAGUAGCAACAGCAGCUGCGGCGUCAGCAGCAGCAGCAGCAGCAGCUUCAGGCGCCGAGGUGUCAGCGACAGCGACAGCAGGAGCAGUGGCAGCAGCAGCAGCGGCAGCGGAAGCCGCAGCAGCAGCGUUGCAAACAGCGACUUGCCAUUGGCCAGUCGGAAAGCCGCGGCUGCUGAGGCCAGGCAGCGGGAGACGAGAGAGAGGGAGAGCGGGUCAUGGCAGCAUAAGGGGCAUCACCACUCCCUCCGCUGGCUACCACACCACCACACAUACUCCGUAGGGCUAUCGCCCCCUGGACGAGGAAGAGGGGCGAGAGAGGACCAAAGCCCAAGAGAAGGCGAAAGGAGCACGUCCCGUGACUCCGGGGGAGCAGGGUCUGGUAGCGAGUCAGAAGGGUCAGAAGGACGCCUGGGGGGGCGCGGCAGGGAGGCUGGGAGGAGGAGAGGGAGAGGGGGGAGACGAGGGCGCGGGAGACGCAGAGGGAGGGGAAGAGGGAGGGGCUUGUGGAAUGUUGCUGUUGAGAGGGGGUCGAGGUGGGAGAGUGGAGGGGCAAGGGAGGUGUCCAGAGGAAAGGGAAGGCGCUUGGAAGGGUUGGGAGCGGUGCAGCGAGUGAGACGAUCUAGGAGGCUGGAGCUAAAGCAGACAGAGGAGGAAGAGGAGUGGGAGGAGGACGAGGAUGAGGAGGAAGAGGAGGAGGAGCAGGAGGAGGGAGAUGAGGAAGAGGAUGAGGAGGAAGAGGAGGAGGUGGAGGAAGUGGAGGAGGGAGAGGGUAAGCUGCAAAGGGGAGGGUGGAUGGAAAAGGAGAGUGAGGCGAGGGAAGUGAGGAGGUAUCAGGAGGAGGUGGGGGAGAAAGGAAGUUGGAUGGAAGAAAGAGAGGACGAGCAGCAAGCGAAGGUGCAUGAGCAGGUUGAUGAAGUGCGGGGCGAAGCAGGGGAAGAGGAGGAGGAGGAGGUGGAAGAGGAGGAGGAGGAGGUGGAUGGGAGGAUGAUGGGAGGUGACAGGCAGGCUGAGAUGAAGGGCGUUGUAGGAAUGUGCAGGAGAGAGGGUGGCAGCAGAAAAAAGGAUCUGCAUGUGUCUGCCAUGCAACAGCAGCAGCAGCAGCAGCAAGUGCCAGUGCAAGUGCACGUCCACAUGCAGGACACUGCUAUUCCCGACAACACAGCCACAGAUGCCAUCAUCAGCCUUCUGAGCCCCACGUCAACAGACACACCCAUCUUCUUCUCUCCCUCUCGCUCUCCCGCUCCGUCUCCCGCUCCCAACCCCGUCCCAUCACCAGCGCUCCCUCCUCCCUCCUCACCUGCACUCCCCCCCUGCACGUGCAACGGCGACCCCACGUGCACGCACCCUUCCUGUGUCGAAUCCCGCAUCUUCCCCCCCUCAGCCCCCUCGUGGCAGCGCAAGCGCAAGCGGUGGCAGGUGGAGCAAGAACCACAUCAUCUAAACAGUCAUGGAAACGACCAUGGAAACGACCAUGGAAACAAUCACGGUCAUCGAAACAAUCGUCAAAACGAGCAUCUAGACGAUCGUCUAAACGAUUACGGAGCAGGGUGCACUGGUGACGAUGACGAUGACGAUGAUGAUGAUGAUGGGGGGCGGGUUGGGCACCCGUGGAGCCACCCCACGUGCCCCACAGGCGGCCCUGUGCCCUUUGUGCCCUUUGAGCUGGGUCCCUGGAGAGGCAUGCGAGCUGGGAGGUGGGGGAUUUUUGGCGCUAGGCGCCUGCUGGUUCGGCUGGCUGUGGUGGCGUUUGCCCCGGUGUGGAAAGCGCUAGGGGAGAGCGGGGCGGGUGGGGCGGGUAGGGUGGAGUGGGUGGAUAGGUGUCAGCAUGGGUGGUUGAGAGAGAGGCGGAGACUGCUGGGGGAAUGGAGGGUGGAGGAAGAGGAAGAGGAGGUGCAGGAGGAGGGAGAAGGGAAUGAGGCCGAGGAGAGGGAGGGAUGGGAGGAGGAGGAGGAGGAGGAGGAGGAGGAGGAGGAGGAGGAGGAGGAGGAGGAGGAGGGGGAAGAGGUGGCGGGCGGGGAGGAGGGAGAGGAGGACGAGGUGGAGGAGGUGGUAGUGGUGGGCGUGCAGGUGGGAGGAGAGCUAGAACGAGGCAGUGGGGAGGGGUCGUAUGUCUGUCUGUCUCCUCUACAUGCCAGUGCAGUCCCCCCCGAUCCUUCUACAUCGCCUCUCCAGCAACCUCUUGCCACGAGCUGCAACCCCCUGCCUGCACCGACUGCACUGCAGCAGUCACUUCCUGCGCUACAGUCACUAGCUGUGCUUCAACCCCCUCCCGUGCUGCCUGCACUGCUGCAACCAGUAGCAGCGUGUGGGGGAGACAGUGCCAAGGGCGCGCCAGUGGCAGUGCCAGGGGCACCAUUGCAUGGGCUGGCGGCUGAUGCUCCCGAGCCUGUGGGGCUGUCAGGUCUGGACGUGAUUCUGGCGCAGAAACGAGCAUGGGGGGGAGGGCAGGGGGGCAGGGAGGGGCAGGAGGGAGAAGGGGGCUUUUUAGAGGAGCGGAGGCAGGGGGAUGGGAGGAUGGCAGUACAAGGGCGUGGGGGGGAUGAGGAGAGAGAGGGUGCAGGGGCGCAGGAAAGUGGGUGCAGGGAGCUGGUAGGUGCAGGCUCGCCUGAAGCUGCUCCUGCUGCUCCCGCUGCCCCCAUUGCCCCCGCUGCUCUUGAUGUUGCUUGCAGUGAUGAUGGUGGUGAUCGCCUGAGUGGGGGUAACGCUGGGCUUACCGGUGCCGGUGCCGGUGCCGGUGCCGGUGCCGGUGCCGGUGCCGGUGCCGGUGCUGGUGCCGGUGCUGGUGCUGGUGCUGGGAGUGGUGGUGAUGGUGGUGCUGGUGCUGGGAGUGGUGUUGGUGCACCUGCAUGUGCAGCAGUGGUACAAGAAGCAGCAUGUGAGCGGGAGGCAGAGAGGGAGGCAGAGCAGGAGGCAGAGGGGGAGGCAGAGCGGGAGGCAGAGGGGGAGCGGCGGGUGUGUGAGUCAGGGUCACAGCUACAGUCACAGUUACAGUCACCGACAGGGACAGAGUCAGAGCACAUCAUUGUGGUUGGUGGGCACACUGCAGUGGAAAUCUCAACUCACACUACUGCUGCUCUCUCCGCCACCCCUGCUCCUGCCUCCGCUCCUCUCUCCGCCACUCCUCUUUCUUCUCCUUCUAGAUCGUCCGCUCCGCCUCUCUCCGCCCCUGCUCUGGCUGCUCCGGCUGCUGCUGCUGCUGCUGCCACAGCAGUCACCAUUGCCACUGACGUCCAGCCGUUGCCUCUUGCCGCCCACCAUGUGCCUCUGCCGUUCACUGUCGCCUCUGCUGAUGCUGAUGCUGAUGCUGAUGCUGAUGCUGAGACCUCGCCUCUGCCCCAAGUCAUCAUUGCUGCUGGCCCAUCUGCUGCUGCUGCUGGUGGUACUGCUGGUGCUGCAGCAGCUGCUGCUGCUGCUGCUACUGCUGCUACUGCUGCUGCUGCUGCUGCUAGUACUGUUGGUGCCGAUGCACCUGCUGCCAGUGCUGGCAGGGGGGCUCGGGGUGAGCUGAUGGAUGGUAUGGUCACAGAGGAGAGUCAGAAAGGAGAUGUGGAUGGCAGCAACGAGGGAGCAAGGCAGGCUGCAGAGGAUGACCAAGGAAGGGAAGACGAGGAGAAGGAUAAGGAUGUGGGGGAGGCGAGCUGGAGGGAGGACCAAAGAAGUGAGAGGAGCGGGGAGGUGGAUCGGGAUGGGGAAGUGGCAAGGAAUGGGGAAGGGCAGCAGGCGGGCGAAAGAGUGGAGGGGCAAGGCGAGCGUGUGUGGAUUGGGGAGGCGGCAGCAGGUGGAAGGGAGGCGGGUGUGCAGGUGGUGACGCUUCACCCGUUUGGAGAUCGUUCUUUCUCCUCGCAGCCUGUGCUGCCUGUGCUGCAACAGCCUUGUCCAUCUGCUGCUACUACGGCGCUGCAGACGCCUGGAGUUGAUUCUUCCCUUGGAUCUCCCCAGAGAGCUGCGGCUUUACUGGCAGUACCACCUUCACCAUCACCUCCUAUAGCAACGCCAACAGCAGCACCAGCUCUAGUAGCACGAGCACCAGCAGCACCACCAGUAGCACUAGCAUCACCAUCAACACGAUCACAAGAAGCAGCGAUAGAUGUAUCUUUACCAGCUGGAAAGGCAGAAGAAGCUGAAGCAGUAGCAGAAGAAGAAGCAGCAACAGAAGCAGGCGCAGAAGCAGAAGCAGAUGCAGCAGCAGCAGCAGAGGGGCAUGUGGUAUGGUCAGGACCUGCAGCACCACGCAUUGCAGCAGAAGACCCACUCUCUGAGAGUUCUCAAAAGCUACUUCCGCCACUGCCCUCGUCCCCACUCCGUGCCUCGUCCCCACCAGUCGUUGCAGCCAUGCAGCCAUGCCCACCUUCCCCGCUAUCCGCUCCCUCUGCUGCUACCCCUGCGCCAGCUACUGCUAGUGCUGCUGCUGGAGCUGCGGCGAAGUGCAAGGAAAUAUCAACUGCAAAUCUGCUUCUUCCUUUGGCCCUCCUGCCCGUGAGGCUAAAAGCCUUCAAGCUGCCCGAUUUCAUUAGGCGGCGCAAGCACCGGGCAGCAGGUAGAGGCCGGAGCAAGAAACACCAGGUGCAAGAGAGAGAGGAACAACAGGGGAGGCUGGAAGGGAAGGGAGAGCAGCUGAAAGAGGUGAGGCGAGGGCGGGAAAGGGAUGGGCGGCAGGAGGAGCUGAGUUUGAAUGAUGGUGGGCGGAGGAAGAGAAAGAGGAGUCACAGGGAGAGCGUUGGUCCAAUGGAGGGGCCAGAGGGUAAGGAGGAGCGCCUGGUAGUGUUGGAGGCUGCUGGCAUUGGUCCUGGCCCUGGUCCUGUAAAGGAUGGCUUGGGUAAUAAGAGAGAAGAUGCAGCUCGUCGAUAUGCAAUUGCUGCUACGAAUAGCAAGGGUGGUGGUGGUGGUGCUGCUGCUGCUGCUGCAUCUGUGGCAGUGGCUGCUGCUGCUGCGACCAGUGGUGGUGUUCAUAUAUAUGUUGGUGGUGGUGGUAUUGCUUCUACUGCUGCUGCUGCUACAGGUGUGGCAUCUACAGCAGGUGCUGGCGUGUUUGCUGUUGCUGGUGAUGCUGGUGAUGCUCUUGAUGCUGAUGCUGCUGGCAGUCUCUCGGCCUUUGCAACACGGUUGCAUCUGGACACAAAGAGAGUAGCUAUAGCUGCAGCUGCUGCUGCCACUGCCGCUGCUCCUGCUCUCACUGCUCCUGCUCUCACUGCUCCUGCAGUGGCGGCUGGUCCUGUUGAGGUGCCAGUAGCCACAUCGCCAGCCCUGUCGCUGGCAACAGCAGUGGUGGCAGCAGCAGCAGCUGCUGCUGCUUCUCCUGCUGCUGCUGCUACUCGGACAGGCAGGAGGAAGAGACAGGCAGAGAGCAUCUCAGGGUCAGCGCAGGGAAGGGAUGAGAGGAGAGGGAGUGGCAGCAGCAGCAAGCAGAGGAGGAGAGAACGGGGGAAAAGCGUGGCUGGGCUGGCCUCUGUGGAGGUUGGGAUAGCGGGGGAUGGGAGGAAUGGCCUCGUGGGUAUACCAGCCAGUUCCGCUGCUGCUGCUGCUGCUGCUGCGGCUGCUGCUGCUGCCACUUGUGCUGGUGUUGGCUUGUUGCAUCCAGUUGGGCAGUGUGAGGGGGGCGGGGCAAGGGAAGGUACAGCAAUGCCGGGUGCUCGAAUGAUGCGUGUUGCUAUGCCACAGUGGGAGCAGCAGCAGCAGCAGCAGCAGCAGCAGCUUUGGGAUGUUAAGGCAAGAAACGCCACAGGGAGGUGUGCGGGCGGUGAGGGGAGCGCUGCGGCUGCUGCUGCUGUCGCUGAUGCAGCGAGGAAGCAGCAUCGUCUGAGAAAGGUCAGAGGGGUCAGAGGGGCGGGGGAUGGGAGCGCUUUUGAGCCGACUCAAAAGGUCAGAGGGGCGGGGGAUGGGAGAGGAAGAGAAGUUGACUCCGCAUGGCGCUUGGAGCAGUGGCGGCACGAAGAGAGGCAGGAGGACGGGGGCAGGGUGAGUGAGGGCAGCGAGGGGAUAGGGCGGGUUGAGGAUGAGGAGCAGGGGAGGGAGGGGAAGGAGGAGGAGCAGCAGAAGGAGGAGGAAGAGGAGGAGGAAGAGGAGACGGCAUCUGAUGUUGAGACGGUUUGCUUUGAGUCCUCUCACGUGGAUCAGUGCGUCACCAGUGGGAGAGUGGGGGCGAGUGAGAGAGUGGGGGCGAGUGAGAGAGUGGGGGCGAGUGAGAGAGUGGGGGCGAGUGAGAGAGUGGGGGCGAGCGAGAGAGUGGGGGAUGGAGAGGGGGAGAAGGGUAGGGCAAGAGAGAGGGAGCUUAGUGGUGGUGGUAAGAGGACGGAGGAAGCAGAGAAGGAUGUGAGCGAGGGUAGGUUAAGAAGGGUUGAAGCAUGGGGGGUGCAUGCAAGCAGGAGCAGUGGGGGGUGCGGUGCUGCUGCUGGCGAUGGCACUGGCCGUUCCAUGCACCUGCAGCUAGCUCAUUCUGCUGCUUCUGCUGCUGCUUCUCCUGCUGCUGCUGCUGCUGGCCCUACAGUCACUGCUGCUGCUGCUGCUGCUGCUGCUGCUGUUGGGAAUCCUUGUGCUGUGGGGCAGGUCGGUAGAUGCGAGGGGGGUCACGACGGGCCGGGAGUGCAGAAACGGAGCAGCAACUGGGAGGGGCAGCAAAAGGGGGGAAACACUGGGAAGGGAGAGGAGGGUGAGUGGAGGGCGACGGUUGCAUGGGGGGAAGAGUGCACUGGGGGGGAGAGUGGGAGAUGGUUCCCUGCAGCCUCUGCUGCUGCUGGUGUCACCUCGUCUACUGCAGCUGCAGCCCGUCCUGUGGUCAGCACUGCUGCACCUGUCGUUAGCACAGUGGUACCUGUUGAGCUUUCCCCUGCUCCUCCUCCUCCUCCUGCUGCUGCUGCUGCUGCUGCUGGUGUUUCGGUUCCCAGCCUGCCUCCGCAUGAAGGCACGGGCGGCUUUAGGCCCUUGGUCAUUCAACCUGCCAGACAAGAGGCAGAGGGAUUGCCGGCGGAAGGGGUGCGGCAGAGAGGAGGGGAGAAGGGUGCACAUAGACUGUCAAGUGGCGUCUGUGUAGUAGGUGGGUCUGAUGCGGGAGGGAGAGGAGCAGCAGCAGCAGCAGGAGCAGCAGGAGCAGGAGCAGGAGCAGCAGCAGGAGCAGGAGCAGGACCAGGACCAGGAGGAAGGCCAUCGUUGGUGCUAGGGUCAAGCACGGAGCGAGAGACAGGGGUGGGGUUUGAGCUGGCACUUGGAACAAGUGCAGCAGGUGCAGCAAGUGCAGCAUGUGCUUCAUCUGGAGCAGUGGGCGCUAUUAUGGCAUCAGCAGCAUGCAGUCACGAGGCUGUGGGAGCAGCAAGAUUGCAAGAGGCUGCUUCGUCCAUGCCUUCUGCUUCAGAAGCAACUAUAAAGAGCCACCAUCAGCACCACCAUCAGCACCACCAGCAUCACCACCAGCAUCGCCACCAGCAUCGCCACCAGCAGCACCAUCAUCACCAUCAGCAGCAGCAGCAGAAGCAGCAGCACCUGCAGCACCGGCCUCAGCAGCAGAUGGAGCAGGAGGCACGGCCGCAGCUGCUGCUGCUUCCGUAUGUGGCGGCGCCUCUUGCUGCAGCCAUGCCAGCUCAGCUUCUCGUGGACCCCCCUGCCGCACUGCUGCUGCCACCAUCACACAGGCAGAGGCAGGGGCAGGGGCAGGGGCAGGGGCAGGGGCAGGGAGGCGCUUUUGUCAUGGCUGUUCCUCAGGGCAUGCUGCAGCAGCAGCAGCAGCAGCAGCAGCAGCAGCAGCAGCAGCAGCAGCAGCAGGAACAAGAGCGGUGGACGCAGCAGCAGGCUGGGCAAUCAUCGCCGGGAGGCUUGAAUCUAUGGCUGGAGGCUCACUCCUCGCAUUUACACUCACACUCACACUCGCAUUCACAUUCACACUCCCUGCAGGGCCUUGCUCCGGACGGACAUUUGGGACAGGCGGAAGGGCCGAACCUGCUUGCUCAGCAGCAGCAGCAGCAGCAGCAGCAGCAGCGGCAGCAGGAGCAGGAGGAGAGGGAGAUAGAGGGGGAGGCAGAGGCAGAGCGAGCAGGCGAGGCAGAUGAGGCGGAUGAGGCGGAUGAGGCAGGCGUUGGGUUGCGAGAGAGGAUAAGGGUGAAGGGGAUGAGUCCAGAGACGCCCCAGCCUCGGCUGCUGGUGAACGUGCUGUCACAGCUGCAGCUGCAGAUGCACUCGGGGGGGCGGGGCAGAGAGGGGAGUGUGGGGAUGCAGCAGGAGCAGGGAGAGGGGUUGAAGCUGCCGUCGCAGGUGUCGCUGGUUCCUGUCAUGGGCAGUGGGGCACUGGGUGUGGAGCAAGGGGUUGGGGAGAAAGAGAGUGAGAGUGAGAGUGGGAGGGAUGGGCGGGAGGAGGGGGGCGUGGAGAUGGGGUGGCAGCUAAAGAGGAGCAGCAGAGUGCUGCUGUCGGCACGUGAUGCUGCUGCUGCUGCUGCUGCUGGCCCCACUGGUUCUGCUGCUCCUGUUGGCAGCAUGGGUGCUGGCAGCAUGGGUGCUGGCAGCAUGGUUGCUGGCAGCAUGGGUGCUGGCAGCAUGGUUGCUGGCAGCAUGGGUGCUGGCAGCAUGGGUGCUGGCAGCAUGGGUGCUGGCCUGCCUCCUAACAGUGCGUCAUGGGACACCCAGCAAAGCACUCCGCCUUGCCACUCACGCUCCUCCCCACUGACGCUACCAGGCGCUCUGCAUCUCCCGCCCUCAGUCCCCGCAGCAGCGUCGCUGCCCUUUACAGGUUCACCUGUGCAGGCGCAUGCAAGGCCUCGGCUUGGACUGUCCGUCUCCAUGCUUGCAUCUGGCUCCGGCGCUCUCCCCAGUGCCGUGCUGCCAUCAGCACAACCUUCAGCGGUGCCGUCCGCAGUAGUGCCAUCAGCAGUAGUGCCAUCAGCAUCAUGUGUGCCUGUCUCUGCUGCACCGUUGCCUGCCUCCCAGCCACAGCUGCUCACUCUUCCAUCUCGCCUUCUAAGCCUUCCCCCACAGCAGCAGCCGCAGCCCAUGCUGCAUCUGCAUCAGCAGCAACAGCAGCAGCAGCAGCAGCAGCAGCAGCAGCAGCAGCAGCAGCAGCAGCAGCAGCAGCAGCAAUAUCAACAGCAGCAACAGAAACAGCAACAGCAACAGCAACAGCAAUAUCAGCAGCAGCAACAGCGACAGCAACAGCAGCAGCAGCAGCAACAGCAACAGCAACAGCAACAGCAGCAACAGUUGCAACAGCAGCAACAGUUGCAACAGCAACGUCAGCAACAGCAACAGCAACAGCAGCAACAGCAGCAGCAACAGCAGCAGCAACAGCAGCAGCAGCAGCAGCAGCAGCAGCAGCAACAACAACAACAACAACAGCAGCAGCAGCAGAUGAAGUAUGUGGUGCACCGGCCCUCCCCCAAACCAGCCCCGUAUAUCGGACCACCUUUCCCUAUCCGUGCAGCAAUGGCCCCCCUCCCAUCCUUGGCCACAGCAGCAACUGCAGGAGCAGCAUCGGUAUCCGCAGAGGGUGGGGCAGCAGGAGCAGCAGGAGCAGCAGGAGCAGCAGGAGCAGCAGGAGCAGCAGGAGCAGUGCAACCUGUGCCAGCGCCACCUGUUCCUUCCUCCCCUGCUUCCUCUUUUUCCUCAGCCGCUCUUGAAGGGCCAGCACCAGACACAGCAGCAGGGGCAGCAGCAGGGCCAGGGACAGCAACAGCUGUGGGGGUCACGGGGGCAGCAGGGGCAGCAGGAGCGGCAGGCGGACCAGGCGGAGUCCCUCCCUUCUGCCUGCCACCCCCGUCGCCCUACUGCUGGCUCUCCCCUCUCGCCAUGUGGGGCAUGCCGCCGCCCUACCCCAUGCACCUGCCACCACCAUCCAUGGGCCUCAUGCCCCCCCAUGCAUACUUCUCCCGCCCUCCCGACUCCUGUGCUCCGCCCAUUCCGCCCAUUCCGCCCAUCCCGCCCAUCCCCAUGCCUGCAACUUUACCCAUGUCCUUGUCCCUACCGGUCUCUACCUCCCUGCCCAUGCCCAUGCGUGUGCCCAUGCCCCUGCCCAUGCCCACCCAUGCGUCCAUGCCUAUGCCCACCCAUGCACCCAUGCCCAUGCUUCCCCACCCUUGGAAUCCCGUCCCCGCCUCCUCUCCCAUGAUCACUGCCCUUGAGUCCACUCAAAAGCAGAAUCCCACAGGGGGCUCUGGAGUCCCCGCUGCCUCCCCCAUGAUCACGCCCACAGGGGGCUCUGCUGCUGGGUCUCCAGCUGUUAGGCGGUCCCCAAUAGCCCCUGCUGCUGCAAGCACACGCCCUGUUGUCACAUCUGCAGUGGUAGCCUCGUGUGCUACUACUGGCGGUGCUUCUCUGGCUGCGUCGCGCAGUGCACCAUCCCCUGAUGCCCAUGUGCAACCGCCUCGCCCUCUAAGACCCGUGCCCUCUGCCCUCGCUCCUGCUGCGUCUGUGUCUAUUUCUGCUUCUUCUUCUGCUGCUUUUGCUGCUGCUUCUGCUGCUGCUGCUUCCGCUGCUGCGUCUGCUACUGCUGCUGCUGCUGCUGCUGCUGCUUUCAGCUGCAUGCCGCAAGGCGCCGUGUAUGCUUCACACCCUUACAUGCACUCGCAGCAGCAGCAGUCGUUUCACUCGCAGCCGCUUCACACACAUUCCGGUUCUGCGGCGACUGCAGCGGCAACUGCAGUGGCAACUGCAGCAGCAACUGCAGCAGCAACUGGUACAAGGAAAUCCCCUGCUGCACUCACUGGUCACUCCAGGGACUCUCCUAGUGCACGGGUUAGAGGAAAGCCAAGCUCAGGUGCACCUGCAGCAGCAGCAGCAGCAGUUGCCAUCUCCAGUGGUGCUGCAGCAGCUAGCGGUGUGGCAGUAGCAACGAUAUCAACAGCAGCAGGAGCAGCAGGUGUGAGAGGAGGAUUCGGCAGCACAACCGCAGCAAGAGGCUUUGCAGCAGCGAUGGCAGCAGGGGCAUUUGAUGUGCGAGGAGCAGCACCAGCAGCAACAGCAACAGCAGCAGCAGAAGCAGUAUCAUCAGCAGCAGUAGCAGCAGCAGCAGCAGCAGACGAGGGCGCGGCAUUGUUGUGCGCGGAUGAGAGCCAACCAGGGGAAGACGAGGAGGAGGUGGAGGAGGAGGAGGUGGAGUACAGUGAGGGGGAAGCGAGAAAGGAGGGGGACCACAUGUCAACUGCUGCUGAUGAUUCUUCACGUGUCGCCGCUGUUACUGCGGCUGUGCCUGCUCCUGUACCGGCUGCUGCUUAUGGCAGAAGUAUCAGCGGUGGCAGUGGUGUCGGUGGCGCGGGUGAGUCUGCUGCUCCUGGAGUGGUUGGUUCCAGGAAUGCAGGUGGUGGGGUUGGGAUGGUGGACGAGGCAGCAGCGGAGCGGCAUGGGUGGCGGAGGAGAGUGAUCAGGAUGAAGUGGGAGGGCAUGGACCUUGUCAGGUGGACCGUGGACAAUGCUGCCGCCACUGCUGCUGCUGCUGCGGCUGCUGCUUCUGGUGCUUCUGCUGCUGCUGGUGGUGCCGGUGGUGCUGCUGGUGCUGGUGCUGGUGCUGCUUCAGCAGCCAGUGGUGCAGCAGCAGCAGCAGCAGCAGCAGCAGCUGUUCCUGUUGGUGGUGGGUCAGAGGAUCGCAAGGCACUGCAGCUGUUAGCUACAGGAAAGGGCAGGGCACGAAGCAGGAAAGCAGGGCGGAGCGUCUCUCUCUCUUUAGCUGCCGCUACUGCUGCUGCUGCCGCUCCUACCACUCCUGCCACUACUGCCACUACUGCCACGGCUGCCACUGCUGCCACUACUGCCACGGCUGCCACUGCUGCCACUACUGCCACGGCUGCCAUUGUUGGCACUGCUGCCACUGCUGCUACUACUGCCACUGCUGCCACUACUGCCACUGCUUCCGUUGCUGCCACUGCCGCUACCACAGCUGCUGGCACUGCCAGUCGCAGCACAAGCGCCGAAGGACCCACGGAUGUGGCGGCAGCGGUCAGGCUGCUGGGCACACCGCCACAGCGGGCGCGCGCCUCUCCUCUCCCGCACAACCCUUCAGUCCCGCCCAACCCUCCUCUCCCGCACAACCCUUCAUUCCCGCCCAACCCUCCUCUCCCGCACAACCCUUCAUUCCCGCCCAACCCUCCUCUCCCGCACAACCCUUCAUUCCCGCCCAACCCUCCUCUCCCGCACAACCCUUCAUUCCCUCCCAACCCUCCUCUCCCACACAGUCCUUCUCGUGCUCACACUGCCUCUGCCACUCACAACUCCUCCUCGUCGCCUCUUCACCGCAGCCUGGCUGACGCCCUGCACCACAGGACACCUGUGGCAGGAGUGGGCGGAGAAGCUUCAGGCUCAGGGGGGCAAGGCUCAGCUGCUGCUGCUGCUGCUCCUGUUGCAUCUGCUUCCCUGCGUCUCCGUCCACCAUUUUACGAUGCGAUCCCGAGACCUGUCCAUCAGUCCACACCGUCUCCUCCUGUUCCUCCCACGGUGGUGCCUGCACAUGCGUCCUCCUGUGCUGAUGACACCACUGCUGCUGCCAUAUCCCCCACGGACCACCCUCCUCCCACUCAAGCAAUCUCCUCUGCACCAACAACCACCACCACCACCGUGGCAAAGCCUAUUGCUGCCCGCCCCUCUGCCUCCUCGUCUCCAUCCUUCCCACCCCGUCCCUCCUACGCUUGGUCUGUCCCGUCGGCUCCUCAUCACCAUGCCGCUACCAUGCUGCCUACAACUCACCUACCUGCCAUGCCUCCUGCUUUACCCCUCAUUGCCCCUCACACCCCGUCUGUUCUCCCUCACACCCCAUCCGUGCUCCCUCACACUCCCCUCUCUAUGCCGCACACCCCUCUCCCUCCCACAUCUCUCUCCUCCGCAUCCUAUCCCUCUGCCUCAUCCGCAUCAUUGCUGUCCUCCCAGCAGCAAUCCGACCAUCGUACAGCCAUAGCCAGCCCGGCCUUGCACCUGCCACGGGCCGCAUUUGGUCUGGGUCCCUCCAGCAACCCCGAGCCUCCUGUUCUGGUUCGUCUCCCACCCUCAGCUAUGGAGAUGGGGGGAGGAGUUGGGAGAUCAGCAUCGGCAGGGGCAGAGGUGGAGAGGAGGCAGCAGCAGCAGCAGCAGCAGUGGCUGGCUGACAGCCGCAGAGCGGCGAGAAGCCGCAGUGACUGUGCCAGUGCCACAUGGACUGCUUUACCGUCUGCUCUCGCACAGGCACAGGCACACACGCAGGCACAGGCGCACACGCAGUCACACGCACACACGCAGGCACAGGCACACACGCAGGCACAAGAACAAGCACAGGCACAAGCACAGGCACGGGCACGUAUUGAGGCGCAAUUUGCAGAGAGGCGCGCGCAGCCAACGUGGCGGUCUCUCAUGCCCGGACCAGGGUCAGCAGUACUAGCCGAAUCAGCCGGCAUGGCAGCGUCAGUUGCCGCUCCUGUUGCUGCUGCUGUUGCAGCUGCUGCUGGCCGUAGCCCCGUUCACACACGCGCUCCUCCUUAGGCCUCCCCAAGAGGCAUGGGACGGGAUGUAUACAGUACACUGCCACCAAUCCGUCCAUCCGCUUCAGUAGUUGUAUGAUUGCAUAUUGCAUGAACUAUGGAUGGGUGGAUGAUGUAUGGUUGGAUACAGACAGGCCUUUCCAUGGCAGGGUUGGGGGAAGGGGAGGUGUCCUCCUUCACUUGUAUGGUAAUUUUUGUUUGCUUCAGCUCCCUUUCCUUUCUUCUCUCAUGUAUUCCUGCUUUAUUUGUUGUGAUGCUGAUUUUUACUUCGCUUGCUUAAUAUGUUUGAAAUAAACCCGA